UUGGUGCUGCCGGCAGAACACGGCUGUGUGCGCGCGCGUGUGUGCGUGUCUGUGUGUGCGGCUGCCUGCCUGCGAACACCGCGGGGCUGUCUAGUGUGUGUGUGUGUGUGUGUGUGUGUAUGUGUAUGUGUGGUACACCAAGGUACUGACUGCAUUAACGCCAGCAUAGCACAGCGUUGGAGGUAGGGACACCAAGGCACAAAGCUCAAGCUCAGCGGGAGGGAACAAGGAACAACAGUCCAUCGGAGGAAGGCGUCGCCCGGGAAGUCUUUCUAGAGAGAGAGGAGAUAUCAGAUCAUCGCGUAUAGCAUCGCGUCGGCACCGUCAGGUCCACUCGCACUCCGCGCGAAGCAGAGAUAUCACGUGCAUCUGUUUGCUGCGGCAGUCAAGUCUACACCCGUCGUAUAAGAAGAAAAGAUAGCAGAUAUAUGUGUCUGCUUCGACUGUGAAGUCUACUCUUCUUCUAAAGAAAAAGUCACAAAUCUGUUCUGUGAGAGUUGUGGUCUGGGAUACAGGGGGACGAACGAGGAAGUGGACCAGCAAGCUUCAACACACCGUCCCGUCACACGCUUCAACGCGCGACAUUCACGCGCUCUCACGCGCUUCAACGCGCGACACUCACGCGCUCCCACACGCUUCAACGCGCGACACUCACGCGCUCUCACACGCUUCAACGCGCGACACUCACGCGCUCUCACACGCUUCAACGGACGACACUCACGCGCUCUCACAAGCUUCAACGCGCGACACUCACGCGCUUCAACGCGCGGCACCCUCACCACGCGCCCUCUGUCGCGUCCACGUAAUUGAGCGUUGCGCUUGAACCUCGUGCAUAAUUGAUUAGCUCUGCUCGGCGUCUGCGCGUGAUGUCACGAUGAUGUCAUCGAUGUGUGACUAAGCCCGCUGCGCAGCGCACCGCGGCUCCCCUGUCUCUGCUCUCUCUCUCUCGCUCGCUCGUUAGUAUAACGUGUGGCCGCAUGCGCCACGAGAAGCAGUAGUAGUAGCAGUAGCAGCAGCAGCGGAGUGCGCCCCGCGUGUGUACGUGUGUGCGUGCGUGCACGCGUGUGUGUGUGUGUGUGCGCGCAACAGUGACAGGAACACACGACGCUCUCUCUAUAUAUAUAUAGUCGGGGACGUGGGCACAUCUACUACUGCACGCGGCAUUCUUGCUAGCGGCGCACCGGCGCGCAGUUACCGUGCGUGUGCGUGCGUGCGCGCGUGUACGUGUCCGUGGAAAUCGUCGUGCCGCUUGCUACAAAGAUGAAGAAGACGUAGCAAAAAAACACGACGGCAGCUGACAACAUCCCCGUAGCCAUGGCUCGCACUAACGGUAUCUGUUCUGAGUUAUGAUACGAAUUGAGGACAGAUCGUUGGGAUGCCUGAGACGGAGAAGACCUUUCUUAUUAUGUCCCUAACGCUUGAUAAGCUGCUGGGAGUAGAUGGAGUGCGAGCACCGAUAUCACCGGAGUCGGCGACAGACUGGAUGGACGAGUGCAGCUCUUCUAGUGACGUUCUCGAUGACGCCCUACUGAGACUCGUCAACCAAACCACAAAUGGCAAAGCGAUGCCCGUCAACCUCACCGGUCUGCAGGAGCUGUUGGAGCAGACCACUGCUCUACACGGGGGUGAGCGGGAUGGGGAGGAGCACCUUCAGGUGACAUUGGGCCACGCCCUGAUGAUGGUCAGUCUCGAGGAAGGACUGCUGCCGUACGCCGAGCUGUUGCUACAGUACGCGAACGCCGCGGGCGUUAACUUUGCCGAAGUACGCAACUACUCCGCUGCACAAGGCUUGCUCACUCCCGAACCCAGUGCCAUGGAUACACCUGCUCUGUGAGGCAGGCGCAGACCCCAACGCUCAGAACUGCGAUGGGCGCACUCCUCUACAUAUCUGCAUGCUAGGAAAUGUGCGCGACCACGAGGACGCCAUCUUGCAAGGCGUCGAGUUGCUAAUCAAAUACGGAUCCGACCUGAGCGCGGCCGACCGCGGCGGCAACACGGCGCUGCUCUACGUCAGGUCGAUGCUGCAGGACGGUGCUUACGACGCUGCCAAAACAUUCGCCGACGCUCUGCUGGGCAGCGGCGCCGACCCGAACUGCCGAAACUGCGAGCAGCGCUCCUUGCUGGCGUACAGUAUCGGUUGCCUCGACAACAGCGUCGAUCUAACCCGGUUGCUGAUCAACUACGGUGCUCUCGUCUGGUCGAUGGACUGGGACGACACCGAGCACUCGGCGUUCGCCUGGUACCUGAAGGCCGUCAUCAAUCAGACGCGCUACGAGAACUGCGCGCGCACGCUCGAGGUGCUGUGCCGCGUCAUGGGCGCGCAUCCGCAGACGAUGUACUCGCACAUGCUGCGCACUAUGUUCCGGCACGUGCGCUGCUUCCGCGUGCUCGGUCCCGUCUUCUUGGAGAUCAAGCACGCGAUGAUGCGCUACUGGACGGGGCCGCCGCAGCUGCGCUACCUGUGUUGGCGCGCCAUCCGCCGCUCGAUGCAGCCACACAACGUGGAGAGGCGCGCGCGCACGCUCGGCCUGCCGUCGCGACUCGAGCGCUACCUCACGAUGGAGGACGUCACCUGUGAUAAGUAGUAGACACGUUGCUAGAGUUAGGAGGAGGAAGAAGCAGAGGGGAAGGAGGAGGAGGGGGAGGAGGAGAGGUGCCUCUACCCGACCUCCUGCCCGCUCGACCGCCGCGCGCUCGCAUUGUAACGUCGCCGUGACGUCGCGGACGUGACGCGGACGUGACGCGGCCAUGACCCGGACGUGACGCAGACGUGACAGCGGACGUGACCUGGCCGUGACCCGGACGUGACAAUGGACGUGACCUGGCCAUGACCCGGACGUGACGCGGACGUGACGCGGGGCGACCGCCGGUCACCACCAAUCACCAAAGUAGUUGUAUACGAUGUUCAGGGAUUAGUGCUUGGAAUGUUCUUAGCGUCGUUUGUUUUUGUUGUUGUUGUUGUUGUUGUUGUUGAUGUUAUUGUUGCGUCCGCUGCUGCGGCGACGAUGCUCGUUCGACCACGUAGUCGCGAGAGCGGACAAGAAUCGGUCGAGAAUCGGUUUCCAUGGAAACCAGCUGGAGAGCAAUG